AUGCGGUUCUGGCGGAACGUGCGGAGCCACGCGCAGCAGCAAAUGCUCUAUGAAGACUUCCUGAAGACUAAGGGCAAAUGGCGCCAGGGUGUUGUCUGGAGAGAAGUGGUCCAGCGUCACAGGGGUGUAACUCGGGGAGUUCGAAAGUGGCUGACCAGGAAACAGCUCAUCGAACAUUUUGUGGAUGAAGAGACGGCCGAUGCUGUAAUUGCCAGGAAACACGAAAUUCAGGAUCUUGCGGGUACAGAGAUACGCGAACACCCAGAGUUACCAGGACUGGAACAGUACCUGGUCUUGGUUGAGGAUGAAGAAGUCCAAGAGGAUGAGAACCUUAUGACAGACAUGUUCAAAUGCAAAGAUGAGGGUUCAGCGUCUGAGAGUGAGUCAGCCAACAUGAAGGAGGCGUUUGAGAAGGAUGUGGGCCAGGCCUUGAAGAAGCUCUCAGACGCCCGCUCGGUGAUGCAGAAAGCCCUGGAAGUUUUGGAUGUGAAGAACACCGACAUCACCAAGUAUCUUCCAUUUUGGAUGCUGUCGCUGGAGGGGUUCAAUCGUGCUAGAGACUUUCGGCGAGCUUUGAAGCCACCAGUGGAGCUGGCUGUGGCAUACCGAGACUUUCGGCAACGGUUGAAGGCAAACCAGGUGCAAUGUGGACAGGACGCGCUGAACCAGAUGUUCUUGACAAUGGAGUCUUCUGGUCGGUACCUGUCGCCCAGCUGUCAUGAUCUGGAGAAGAUGUUCACCUUGGUGCAGCACGUGCCAGUGGAAAGCUUCAAGGGCCUUCAGACGGAGAACGAGUUCUAUGAGGUCAAGCUGACCACUGACUUCAUCAAUGAGCGCUUGCAGAUUUUGGAAAGAAACCGGAAAAGCAAGAAGGUUGUGGCCAACUUUGACUUCGUGCUAACCUGGGUUUCUGUCUCCGAAUUUGCCUUUGCCCCACCCACGAAGAAGGAAGUCCAGGCCAAGUCCCUGACCAAUUUGGCGGCUGUGGAGGAGCCUGAGGCUGAGGUAUCGGGAGCAGAUCACGAAGCAGGUAAUGAGGAGGCAGGUGGUGGUGCAAGUGGUGAUGAGCAAGUGGAUGUUUGGGUUGAAACGCAUGGGAUGACCCAAGAGCGUACACCACUCUUUUGCACCACUGAAAAACCAAAGCCGCCCCAGCGACAUUGGCACAUCAAGCAGUCUAGCUUUGCUACUCCUGAUCAGAAAGUUGUCAAAGAAGACCCUGUUCGUCGUGAACUCUUCAAAGAGGGAGAGGAGGAGGAGCCUAAGGAAGUGGACCAGGAGGAUACAAAACCCUUGUCGGUGCCUGAGUCUCUUCCUGUUGCAGCAGCUGAAGCCACUAAGUCCAAGAAUGUGCGGGCAGCCCUUGAGAAGGACAUUGAGGAUCUGCUCAAAAAGCUGGGGUCUGGACGAACCGAACUCCAGACUGCAUUGGAAUCUGGCGUUGAGGUACCAGAGAUGGAGAAGAUCACCCAGCGCAGCAAAAACCUGAACGAGCUUGCAGACACAGUCAUGGAGUGGUUACUUUUCUCAUUAGAGAAUGAUGAGUGUUUGGGGCCUGAAUCUCUCAACCCUCUCUUUGCGGCCAUAGUGAGAUCUUUGCAGCGGCGCUACAAAGGCAUCAUGAUCGAAGGCAAGACCAUGCAUUUCAGCGUAGUGGAGCUUCGGGGUUUGGUCUACAAGUUCUGGGGCUUCUAUGAACUGCAAGGGCUAUUGCUCUCGAGUGAUCCUAGCGGCGGUUCCCACGAGACGCCGACCUCCUCGGCACUGGGGCCCUUCACGGGGGAGCUGGUCUGGGCUCGACGGACGGCGGGCGAGAGCGCCCAGCAAGUUGCCUCGAGAGGAUCUUGGUGA